AUGCCAGACCCCUUGGAGGGAGCCGACCAGCACGUGGCCGAGGCGACCAGCCGGCCAGUGGUCCUAGAUUUCCAGAACGCCGCUGCCAAGGUCCCUCAUCCGAAGGCCUGGAUGGAAACCAAGAUGCCCUGGAUGCCAGGGAAAGUCCUCUCCUGGGUCAGGAAGUGGCUGAACUUAGGAAAGCCGGGGGAGGAGCUGACCAGCCUGGCGGGGAUCUGUGCUGAGCCCCGGCUGCUCACGGCCACUGCUGAUCCAGGGGGAGGGCUGCCCGAGAAGAGGCACCGUGUGCAGAGGAUACAAACCGACGCCAGGGGGUUCAGCCCCGAGCAGGCUGCGAAGAGCCACAACGGGGCCUCCCCAAACUGGCUGCCAAGCAGCGCAGCGUCCUGCGGCAAUGGACAGGGCUCAGCAGAUUCCCACACCAGCCGGCCGUCCCUGGACUCAGACGUGUCCCUGGAGGAGGAGCGUGAGACCGCCCAGCGCGAGGUGGAGAACCAGGCCCAGCAGCAGUUGGAGAGGGCCAAGCACAAGCCGGUAGCAUUUGCUGUGCGCACCAAUGUCAGCUACUGCGGAGCCCUGGAUGAGGAGUGUCCCGUGCAGGGAUCCGCCAUCAACUUCGAAGCCAAAGACUUCCUGCACAUCAAGGAGAAAUACAGCAAUGACUGGUGGAUCGGGCGGCUAGUGAAGGAGGGGGGGGACGUCGCUUUCAUCCCCAGCCCCCAGCGGCUGGAGGCCAUACGGCUGAAGCAGGAGCAGAAAGCCAGGUGCAGGGGCCGCCGGGGGGGAAUCUCUGGGCCCGUCCCCUGCAGCCUGGUCCCAUGGGGUCAGCGUAGUCACGCCCAUCCUUGCGGGGAGCCAGCGGCAGCACGCCCAUCCUGCACCUCAGCAGCGCAGCCCGGAGCUUCCGACAGGCUCCAAGGCAGCUCCGUGACGGACAUGAUGCAGAAGGCACUCUUCGACUUCCUCAAGCACAGGUUUGAUGGCAGGAUCUCCAUCACCCGCGUCACCGCCGACCUGUCCCUCGCCAAACGCUCCGUCCUCAACAACCCGGGCAAGCGCGCCAUCAUCGAACGCUCCACCACCCGCUCCAGCAUCGCCGAGGUGCAGAGCGAGAUCGAGCGCAUCUUCGAGCUGGCCAAGGCUCUGCAGCUGGUGGUGCUGGACGCCGACACCAUCAACCACCCAGCCCAGCUGGCCAAGACCUCGCUGGCCCCCAUCGUGGUCUACGUCAAGGUGUCCUCGCCCAAGGUGAGCGAGGUCGCGGGAGCCCCGGGGCCAGGAAGCACUUACUGCACUGCCGCCUGCAGCCUGUUUAACAAAGAAGCGUUUGCAGUUUAG